AUGUCACAGAAAAGAGCUCAGCUGGACGUUGAAUCCAUUUCCUGUUCGAUAUGUCUGGAUGUGAUGAAGGAUCCGGUCACUAUUCCCUGUGGACACAGCAACUGCAUGGGCUGUAUUACAAACUACUGGGAUGGAGAGGAACAUAAUACAAAGGAGAGCUGUCCUCAGUGUAGGAAGGCCUUCACACCCAGACCUGACCUGGUUAAAAACACCAUGUUAGCAUUCCUGGUGGAGCAGCUGAAGAAGACUGGACUCCUGGAUGUUGAGAGGACUGAAACACAGAAGGAGCUGGAGGUGAGUCGACAGAACAUUCAGAAGAGGAUCCAGGACAGAGAGAAAUAUGUGAAGCUGCUUGAAGAGGAAGAGAAGGCUAUCAACAGGUUUGCUAAUAAAGCAAUGAAGGACAGUCAGGGACAAUUCGCAGUGUGGAGCAGUUUCAUGAUGAAAAUGUGCUCUGAUGUGAAGCAGAAUAUCAUAUCCCAGCGGGAGAUUGAACGAAAUCGGGUCAGAAAUCUUCAGAAGAAGCUGGAGAAGGAGAUCUCUGAGCUGAAGAGCAGAGAAACUGAGCUGAAAAAACUCUCACAGGGAGAGGAUCUCAACCAGCUUAGACACAUCUACAACUCCCUGCCACCUCUCAGUGAAUCUACAGACACAUCGUGCAUCAAACCCCGUCCUCUGAGAUACUUUGAAGGAGUGGCAGUAGAGGCGUCAUCCGGCAUUGAUCAAUUGGAUGAGUUUAUGGUUGGUAUGUGGACAAAUCUCUUAAUUAUUGUGAGCGAGGCGGACGUUUUGAUGUUGAAACCAGAGCCCACGACCAAAGCUGAAUUCAGAACAAUUUCUCGUAGACUCACCAUGGAUCCAGACACGGCACACCCACAUCUGGAGGUAUCUAAGGAGGACACGAGAGUCACAUACAUAAACAAACUCCGACGUCCAUGUGCUGAUCAUCCCGACAGAUUCGAGGUUCACAAGCAGGUCCUGAACGAACAGGCGAUUGUUGGACGCUGUUACGUGGAGAUAAAGCGCGGAGGGUCUAUGGUUGAUGUUGCACUCGCAUACUGGAGUAAUGAAAGAAAAGGGGCCAACAACAAAGUUGGAUUUGGAUGCAACCCAAAAUCUUGGGUACUACGUUGCACCAAAGGGGGCUUCCAUUUUGCACACAAUAAUGAGACCGUGCAGUACCCGGCUAUUGAGUUCAACACAGUAGGGAUUUUCCUGGAUCACGGUGCAGGUGUUCUGUGUUUCUACAAGAUCAAUGGUGACACCAUGACCCUCCUCCACAGAGUCCAGACCACCUUCACUGAGCCUCUCUAUCUGGGGUUUAAAUUGUAUGCCAAUGCUGGAGACUAUGCUGAGAUCGUCUAA